ACAUGUUGAAUCACAUAGAAGGUGGUGUUGAGAAGGCUUGGUAUGUGUGAAGCAGCGAUAAGAAGUGAGCAGCUUCUUAUCCACGCGCUAGACACUCAAGCCCGAUCCAGAGUAUUUCGCAAUCGCACUUACGUUGUGUGUGAUUGCAUCUGACCUUCUUAAAAUCAUUCGAACUAACUCUGAUUCGCCUUCCUGAAGAUAGAAGGGCUUCCGUCGCCUCCUUCCCCCUCCCCCGUAGCCAAAAACACCCAUUAAGGAAACAGGAGCAUCCCGGCGAGAAAAAAAAAAAAAAGGCUCAGAUAACGAAAUAUUCACCAGUAUCGUAUACGGUGGAGUAACCAAACCCCGAGGUACCUCGAAUCCACCCCCACACGUACUCAAUAAUGGACAGUGGGUCUGAGAAUGUGGAACCACCAUCAAGUGCUGCUGGAACCAUUACCGGAUUCGGAAACGAUUCCAACCUCACUAUCCCGGUCUGUCGCGCAGAACAGCACUAAAUGUAACAGAAGAACAGAGACAAUUGCACGAUGACGCAUAAGCACCAUGUUUUCUUUUCUGAUUCGAGGGCGCAAGUUUCGACAAAUCGAGAAAUAUAGGCAACUCCUCUUGCUCCGAUAGAGGCGACCAUAUCCUCGUCUGCGGUGUCAGUCGAGGGAAGGAUAAAUACCAACCCAUUCGACAUCUUGCUCGUAAUUCUUUACCAUCUUACCAUACAGUGCCUACGUUCUUCCCCUCUAUGUUUCAUUUUUUGAGAGACUUGAACUAAAUAUUGUCGCCAUGUUUCACCCCCUCGACCCCCUCGACCCAACCGAACUGCGCACCGUCUCACAGGCCGUACGAGCCUACCAUGCCCCGACUCCGGUUCGAUUCAAGGUUAUAGACCUGCUCGAAACCCCAAAGACUACCCUCCUUGCAUACUUGCGUGACAACACGCGAAGUGUCCCGGCGCCGCCUCGCAAAGGAUACACCUACUACCAUAAGCAAGGAAGCCAGACGCUGCGGAAAGCGAAGAUCAAUAUCACCACCGGCAAGGUGGAAGAGGACACAGAGUAUCCGGAUAUUCAAGGGCCGGCGGAUAUCGAUGAGAUAGAGCGGCUUCUGGAUGUCUGUAGUAGGAAUGCUGAGGUCGCGAAAGAGGUUGAGAAGUUGAAGUUACCGGAGAGUGCCACUGUUAUCAAUGAUCCAUGGCUUUAUGGAACGGACAAUGCAAAUGAGCGCCGUCGUCUAUACCAGUGCUAUAUGUAUAUGGUGCUGAACGAUGACCCCGAAGCGAAUCACUAUUCCCUCCCUCUCCCACUUGCCCCCAUAUUCGACGCUCAUACUCUCGAGCUGCUUGAAAUCGAGAAACUUCCGCUGGGUGUCGGUGCCGAGCUAGAAUCCGAAACUCAGCCAUGGGACCCUGCCAUCCCCGUCGAAUAUAGCCAGACACUGCUAGGAAAAGAGUACUUCCGAAAAGACGUCAAGCCUCUUCAGGUCGUUCAACCGGAGGGUCCGUCGUUCAAAAUCGACGUCCGCCACAUCAGCUGGCAAAAGUGGUCGUUCCAUAUGGGCUGGACGGUGCGUGAGGGGCCAAUUCUGAACAAUGUCUACUAUGACGGACGGUCGCUAUUCCAUCGGGUCUCCAUGAGCGAGAUGACCGUGCCAUAUGGUGAUCCUCGCUCUCCGUACCAUCGCAAACAGGCCUUCGAUCUAGGUGAUUCCGGUUUCGGUAUCACGUCCAACACGUUGACCCUGGGCUGUGAUUGUCUCGGACACAUUGCCUAUUUCGACGGCAUUCGGACCACCGGGGCCGGAGAGCCAUUGGUGAUGAAGAAUGUGAUUUGCGUGCACGAGGUGGACGAUGGAGUUUGGAAGCAUACCAACAUCCGGAACGGGCAGGCUUCUAUGGUGCGCAACAGACAGCUUGUGAUCCAGUGUACGGCCACCGUGAUGAAUUACGAAUACAUCCUCGCCUUCAUCCUGGACCAAGCGGCCAAUCUACAUAUCGAUGUGAAGGCGACCGGCAUUGUGUCGACCAUGCCGAUUAGCAAGAAGACCCUAUCGCCAUGGGGAACGGUCGUGGCUCCGGGAGUGCUCGCCGUGAACCAUCAGCACUUGUUCAGUGUGCGAGUCGACCCCGCCUUGGACGGCGUGCGAAACACAAUCGUGUAUGAUGACAUUAUUCCUGUACGAGGUGAACCCGAUUUGGAUCCUUUUGGCUGCGCGUUCCGAGUGAAUACCACGCCCAUCAAGCGACCGGGCGGGUAUGAUCUGGACCUGACCAAGUCCAGGACUUAUCGAAUUAUUAACCCCGACCACAUCAAUUCCGUGUCUGGCAAGCCAGUCGGCUAUAAGCUGCAUGCCCUGCCGAGCCAGAUGCUGAUGAUGGGACCCGAGACGUUCAAUUACAAACGUGGUCUGUUCUCAAGCAAGCCCAUCUGGGUGACCUCGUACAAAGAGGGCGAGCUAUGGGCUGCUGGAGAGUUCACUAACCAAAGCCGAGAGGACACUGGAUUAGGAGUUUGGGCGCAGAGAAAUGAGAACGUCGAGAAUGAAGACCUCGUGUUGUGGCAUACAUUUGGGGUGACCCACGUAACGCGACCAGAAGACUUCCCGGUGAUGCCAGUCGAGAAGAUGUCGAUUUCUUUGAAGCCAACCAGCUUCUUUGAACUGAACCCUGCCAACGAUGCUCCCCGUUCAAGCCAGAGUCAGAAUCAAUCCACCUUGGUCGAACAUUCCAGUGUUGCUCCGGACUCGUGUGGCAAGUGCAGUCUUUAG